AUGUUUCAACUAUUUGCAGAAUUAGGAAGGAAGUUUCUAUUUAGUGAUAAGUCGAGUGAUAAAAAAAGCAGUAAUAAUUUUUUAAAUAGAAAAAAGUAUAGUACAGACAUUACAAUUUCUAACUCACAUAGACUAUAUGGCAAUCAAAAUGAUUUUAGUAAUAGUAAAGGAAGUAAAUUGAGAUCAUUACUUAGAUCUCUUAUGAAUAGAAAAAAUGAAAACAAAAAUAAUAUAGAUUUAGAGUCAAAAUUUAUUUUUAACAAACUUCUUACCGAAUCUUUGGAAUCAAAAAAUCAAUUUAAAAAUGAUAACAUUGUACCAUCAACUGAAACCAAAAAUAUUGAGGAAAUUACAAUUUCUUCUGGUGAGUCAUCUCCAAUUGUAGCAUCAGAAACAAGUGGAAGAACAAUUUCUAUAAAAGAAACAUCAUCAGAAGUUGAAACAAUAACAAUAUCCUCAAAAGAAAUAUCACCAAGUCUUUCUACAAAUAGGCGUUUAAAGUUUGAUUCAUAUGAUAAUUUUUCACUCAGGUCUCGUGCAUUAGAAAGAUUGGAGUCAUUAGAUAAUGAUGUUAAGAGACUUCUUGAAUAUUCAUCAGCUAACAAAAAAGCCACUCGACCUAAGUCAUCAAAACAUGAAGAUGUAAUUGUUAUUUCACCUCAUUAUGAACAUAGUUUUGGGUAUGAUGAAAAUUCACAAAUAUCAACACCAAAAACAUCAUCUGUUGGUUCUCGUAAAAGAGUUUAUAGUUUUGUUGAAGAUGAAAAAAGGAUUGAAUAUAGUAAAAGAAUAAAAUCACUAGAAAAAGAGGUAGAUAACCAAGUUUUUGAUUUUGAACAAACUCUUAAUUUCCAUGAUAUAAUUGUUCCAAGGAAGAAUUUCGUAGAUUUAAGAAUUACGGGUUCUGAUUAUAAGAAAUUGCCAGCGGAUAUAGAUGAUGUCUUGAAUAAAAUUGAGUGUGCCGGUAGCAAUGAUGUGUUAUCAGAAGGAUUUUCAAUGUCAAUAACUAAAAGUGACAUUCAACAUUUAAAUGAUAAGACCUGGUUAAAUGAUAAUAUAAUUAACUUCUAUUUAGAAUUAAUAAUGGAAAGGUCGAGAAAUUCUUUAAAAUACCCAAAAGUUUUUGCCUUUAACACGUUUUUCUUUGUUAAUAUUGUUAAUCCACAGAGGGGAUAUAAAAUGGUUAGAAGAUGGACACGAAAAGUUGACAUCUUUCAAAUGGAAUAUAUUUUUGUUCCGAUAAAUUUAGAUAAUCUACAUUGGUGUAUGACUAUUAUUAAUAUACCAAAGAAAGAGAUUCGUUAUUGUGAUUCAAUGAGAAGAGAAAAUGUAUCAGCAUUAGAAGCUAUAAAAAGUUAUAUUAAAAAUGAAGCAGCUGAUAAAUUAAAGAUAGACAUAAAUCUUGAUGAAUGGGCGGCUGUUCAUGCCCAGGAUGUACCACAACAGAAAAACGGUUUUGACUGUGGGGUUUUUGCGUGUAUGUUUGCUGAAUAUCAAUCACGUGGAAGAGAUUUUGAAUUUACACAAAAUGACAUGCCAUUUUUUCGUCAACAAAUGAAAUAUGAAAUAAUAACAAAGGACAUGAAAAAAAAAAGUAUGGUUGUUGAAGAGUUAGAAAUUAAUCAUUUUAAAGAUGGAGUAAUAGAUUUAAUGGCCGGAACGAUGGGUGGGAUUGCUAAUGUUUACUCGGGGCAACCAUUAGAUACAGUUAAAGUAAAAAUGCAAACAUUUCCAAAAUUGUACAUUGAUUGGAAAAAAUGUUUUAGGGAUACAUAUAAAAGUAGUGGAAUUAGGGGAUUAUAUGCUGGUACAGUACCUGCAUUAGUAGCUAAUGUAUCAGAAAAUGCUGUAUUAUUUACAGCAUAUGGUUAUUGUCAAAAAAUAGUUGCAAAAAUAACAAAUAAACAGGAUGUUUGUUCUUUAACACCUAUUGAAAAUGCUAGUUCUGGUGCUUUGGCAGCAGUAUUUGCCGCUAUGGCAUUAUGUCCUACUGAACUUGUUAAGUGUCGAUUACAAGCUGCUAAAGAAAUGAAACCAAAUAUUAAAAGAACAACAUUAUCUGUAUGUAAAGAUGUGUGGAAAGAAAGUGGUUUUAAGGGCUUUUUUAUUGGACUAACACCAACCUUGGCACGCGAAGUCCCUGGCUAUUUUGCAUUUUUUGGUGCUUAUGAAACUUGUAGAUAUAUGAUAACAAAAGAAGGACAAUCUAAAGAUGAUAUAGGUAUUGCUUAUACUGCUUUAUCAGGUUCUAUGGCUGGUGUAACACUUUGGUGUCUAGUAUUUCCAUUUGAUGUUAUAAAAAGUAGGAUGCAAGUACAAGGAAAUAAUUCAUUUGUAGAAACAUUAAAAGAUACCCUUAAAAAUUAUGGACCAGCAGGUCUCUAUAAAGGACUCCUUCCGACAAUAAUUAGAUCAUUUUCAGCUAGCGGUUGUCUUUUUAUAACUUACGAGUACACAAAAAAAUUUUUAAACAUUGUUUGGUAG